AUGUGGGAUGCGGAUGUCACAGGCUCCAUAGAAGAGACAGCCACAAGGCCCGCGGGUGGACCGCGAGAGGGAGAUAUGGAAAUCGCGUCCCACUACCGGCACCUUCUUCGGGAGUUGGACGAGCAGCGGCAGCGUGGGGUACUGUGUGACGCCUGUGUGGUGGUGGAGGGCAAGGUCUUCCGGGCACACCGCAACGUGCUGCUGGGCAGCAGCCGCUACUUCAAGACGCUUUUCUGCCAGGUGCAGAAGACGUCGGAGCAGGCCACGGUCACCCACCUGGACAUCGUCACGGCCCAGGGCUUCAAGGCCAUCAUUGACUUCAUGUACUCAGCCCACCUAGCCCUCACCAGCAGGAACGUCAUCGAGGUCAUGUCGGCUGCCAGCUUCCUGCAGAUGACUGACAUUGUGCAGGCCUGCCAUGAGUUCAUCAAGGCCGCGUUGGACAUCAGCAUCAAGGCUGACGCCUCAGAUGAGCUGGCCGACUUGGAGGAUGGCGGCCCAGUGGGUGGUGGUGCUGAGGCCCUGCUUUCAGCCGUCAUGGCCGGCAGGAGCAUCUCGCCCUGGCUGGCCCGGCGAACCAGCCCCACAGGCUCCUCUGGGGACUCAGCCAUCGCCAGCUGCCAUGAGGGCGGUGGCAGUGGCAGUAGCGGCAGCUAUGGGAGGGAUGAGCCUGAGUCCAAAGCCAACGGCUUGGAGGAUAUUCCCACACAACCACUGUGGCCGGGUGACACAGGCUGUGGGCCCCUGCAUGUCAAGGAGGAGCAGCCGUCACCGCCACCACCCUGCGUGGCAGGCACACUUCAGGGCACCUUCCCUGAGCUGGGGGCCGCUGGGCGCAGGAAGAACCGCAAGAACAAGGACACCGUGCGGCAUAUCACGCAGCCGCCAGAGGAGGACGAUGGCCCCGCAGGCUCCCCACCGCCGUCCUUCCUCCCCGCCACCACGUGGCCCUUUGGUGGCCGGGGCUCAAGUGCUGAGCUGGCGGCAGCCGAAGCCAGCAGCUCCGAGGGCCGCGGGGACAGGGCUGAGCUCUUCACACCGGCAGAAGAUAGCCUAAUGGAAGGAGAGGCGAGCUUUCUGGGCGUCGCCCUGGCUGAGAAGGAUGAAGCCCUGCAGCAGGCAGCGGCUGUGGCCAACCUGCGCGCAGCGCUCAUGAGCAAGAACAGCCUGCUGUCCCUCAAGGCCGAGGCGCUGGGUGACGAUGGCACACUGCUGCUGGAGUAUCUGCCCAAGGGCACACACUCGCUGUCGUUGAACGAGUUCGCAGUCAUCAGGAAGAAGUUCAAGUGCCCGUACUGCAGCUUCUCGGCCAUGCACCAAUGCAUCCUCAAGCGCCACAUGCGGUCCCACACCGGCGAGCGGCCGUACCCCUGUGAGAUCUGUGGCAAGAAGUUCACGCGGCGUGAACACAUGAAGCGGCACACGCUGGUGCACAGCAAGGACAAGAAGUACGUGUGCAAGGUGUGCAGCCGCGUGUUCAUGUCCGCAGCCAGCGUGGGGAUCAAGCACGGCUCGCGGCGUCAUGGUGUGUGUGCUGACUGUGCUGGCCACAGCGUGGCAGGACCGCGCGACCACGGUGGCGGGGAGGGUUCCCCAGAGGCACUGUUUGCGGGUGAUGGGCCUUAUCUGGAGGACCCCGAUGACCCACGGGGGGAGGCUGAGGAGCUGGGCGAGGAUGAGGAUGAGGAUGCGGCCAAGUGGAAGAGCCACAUGGGCCUGGCACCUGAGGACACGCUGCUCGGGGACAAGGAUGGUGACUCACCGGGGCCCCCUAGCCCCUCCACGGGGCCAGACAAAGAUUUGGGUUGGCUGUGCUAGGGCACUUGCUGCCUAGUGUGUGCCAGGUCGUCCUACUGAGGGCUGGGGCCAGGCUGCAGGUGGGCUCCAGCCUCAGACCAGAAACCAUCCAGUCCUUGUGGAUGGAGAAGCAGGUGCUGGGUGGGGUCCUGGGACUGGGAGCGUGCUGGCCAUCCAAAGGACUCCUUGAGUUACCCCAGGUGGCACUGCCAUCGCCCGCAGCAGCCAGGUCAUUC